AAAGAACUUUAGAGUCUUUUAUUUAUCAAUAUUUUAUGAAUAACUAUAUUAAAUAGUUUCAUGUAGUUUAAAAAUAAUUUAAGUGAUCUUUUAUUAUUCACAAGAGUGCAUUUAAGUGAAUAACAUUAUGGGUUAUCGUAUACAAUGAAUUGUAUAAUAAAUGAUAUGCAUAAGAAAGUAACUACAAAUUGCCUUUAUCUUUGUAAUGCGAAACUGAUAUUCGUAAUAAUUAUUUAAGUGCAUAUAAUCUAACAUAAAGUUGUUGAAUGUAACGGGAGAACUGUGUGUUUAUUUUAUCGAUACAAUGCAUUCUUGGCAGCGAUACAUAUUCGAUUGGAGCACCUGUAGCAUUGAUGUUAUCGAACUUUACUUGGAAACAGAGAGAAAAAGAUAAGGGAAUAGAUUUGAAAUUACAGUUGAAUAAUUCGCUGUUGAUACCGCUCUCUUGAUACUCGUAAACAAUAAACAAACAAAGAACUGAACUAAUUUAUAUAUUAUGAGGAGAAACUAUGGAAUAUUAAUCAUUAAAUUUUAUUAUAAAAAAUAAAAAUGGUAGCUUUUCCGUUCUCUGAGUAUAAUUAUAAAUCUAAACAAUCUAACAAAAAAAUUAAGACGGUUUCUGAAAAUGCAAGAUUGGACAUUAACUCACAUCCAGUCGAUGACGACUUGGAGUUGUGGGACCAAUCUGGUUUCAUGCUGAGGGGCGAUAUUGACGACCACCUUGGGCACUCAAAGUGGGGAGCACAAGGCUGGUGCCGACCCAGCUGUAUCCCCAUUAGCAUAAUCCUCAUCCUAAUCGUUCUGGUUGUUCUGCUACCAUUACUGGACCACGCGGAACACAAGCACUUGGGUAAUUCUAGUCUCUUUGGAAAUGAAUCUGAAUUCAUGUGCAUGGACAGCUGCAAAAUUUCACUGGUCGAAUCAAUACCAAUCGGCUUGAAAUAUUAUAAUAAUUCAGUUGUCCACAAAAGCACUUAUUCUACAUGGAUAGAACUUAUAGAAUCUGCUCAAAGUACUAUUGAAAUAGCUUCAUUGUACUGGACGAUGACGAGACAAGAUGUAUAUCCGGAUGAUAGUGCACGAGAAGGAGAAGAUGUAUUCGAAGCUCUUUUGGAAGCCGGAAGGGACAGAAAUAUUGCUAUAAAAAUAGCACAAAAUGCGCCUUCACAACUAAGUCCAAACUUUGAUACUGAAUAUUUAAUGAAGAAAGCACAUGCGGAGGUUCGGAGUUUAAAUUUUGCUGCUCUUCUUGGUGGUGGUGUACUUCAUACCAAGUUAUGGCUUAUUGACAGAACUCAUGUAUAUGUUGGUUCUGCUAAUAUGGAUUGGAGAUCAUUAACACAAGUCAAGGAACUUGGACUAGUUGCAAUGAACUGUUCCUGUUUAGUUAAUGAUUUUGCCAAGAUAUUUGAUGUUUACUGGCAACUCGGAGAAGAAGGGAGAAUUCCUUCUUCAUGGCCAGAUACUUUGAAAACAAAAAUAAAUAUAAAUAAUACUUUAAAUUUUACAUUAGAAAAUAAUCAAUAUCAACUCUUUAUCGCGAGUUCACCACCGCCAUUAUCUCCUCAAGGUCGAACAAAUGAUUUAGAUGCAAUUCUUUAUUGCAUAGAUAGAGCAGAAAAAUUUAUUUACAUAUCCGUUAUGGAUUUCGUGCCUCUAACGAUCUAUUCUCCAAAGGUCAAGUUUUGGCCUAUGAUCGAUAAUGCCUUAAGGUCUGCAGCCAUAGACAGUCGAAUAACCGUACGACUACUGAUAUCUUGGUGGAAACACUCAAGAACAUCUGAAGAUCAUUUCUUACGGUCUUUAAUGGAUUUAACAAAUAGUUAUAAAAAUGUGAAGAUUGAAGUUAAAAGAUUUAUAGUUCCUACAAAUCCAGAUUUAGAUAAAAUACCAUACUCAAGAGUUAAUCAUAAUAAGUACAUGGUUACUGAUAUAGCUGCUUACAUUGGAACCAGCAAUUGGUCUGGGGAUUAUUUUAUUGAUACUGCUGGGAUAGGUGUUGUCAUUGAAGAUGUUGGUCAUAAAAACAAUGGAAGCCUUCGACAACAACUGGAAGAAAUUUUUCUUCGUGAUUGGAAUUCACCCUACGCAUUUUUACAAAAUGUAACAGAUACUGAUCAUUCAGGGCCACAGUUAAAAUCAAAAAUUAACUUCAUGCCGUUUUUCAAUCAUCGUGUAAAAGUAUGAAUUAAAAAUUUAAAAUAAUUAAUAGUUAUAUACAAAAGAUAUAUACUAAAAUGAAGAGAAAAAAAUAUAUAUUUUGUGUUUUGUAUAUAAUAAAUAAAUUGUUCUCGUCAUAUUAUUUAUAGUUUAAAUAUAAACCUAAGGAUAAUUAUAAUAACCGUGAAAAAUCAAAAUUUAUAUUAUGUUUUUUUAAACAUGGAAGAACAAACCUUUCACUGCUAGAUAAAAAUUUUUUUACGCUUGAAAACAACGAAUUUCAAGUUUCAUUUCAACAAUAAAAACAUUGAAAAGUUGAAAAGCUUUUUUAGCAGAAAUCAAUUCAUCAGCCAGUUGUUAAAUGUCUUCUAUUUAUAAUACCAAGUAUGUUGUUAUUCAAGGAGUCUUUAAAUUCAUGGCAAUAAUGCUGUAAGUUGUGUAAUGUUAAUAAAAAAAUCUUGAACAAAA